AUGAAACACUAUGGCACACUCCCAAGUCCUCCACCAAAGAAGAUGAAGCAUUCAAAUGUUCUUGAUAGCACGCCGCCCGCUGGCCCCUCCGAGCCUGAAGAUUUGCGAUAUGAUUUCUCUGUUCCCUCGCCAGAAGCGACCCAGAACGAGUAUCUUCUUGAAUUCAAAAUGAGGCGUCGAGCUUAUUUGCACCGGAUACUCCAAGGCGAGGCAAUCGGUCUCAAUGCCUGCUCCUCCACUGGCCCAUCCUUGGACAUUGGCAUAAAUCUUGACCAGGAAUAUGUGAAUGCUGCUGCACUGGCUGAUGACCCUGAAGAACGCGACUGGGAUGAUGUUCCUGCAGAUCUGCCAUCUACAACACCUGACGAGGAUUCCUGUGGUAAUUCAUUCUUGGUUGUGGUCAACAUUUCCGGUGUCCAUCGCAUUCCCGUUGUGUGGUGCAGCUGUGAACACGCAAACCCUGAAUACCAACUGCUUGACCUGCGACUAUUCCCGGCAUCCUUUGCCAACAUCCGCACUGUCUUUACAUUCAGUGUUCUGGAUGACUUUCUCACAAAUGUGGCCUUUCCAAACCAAGUCCCAAAUCGUUAUGUUGAGCUACAGCGGCUUUCACGACAAGGGCGGAACCUGAAAUACCUGAAAUGGCAUGGAUUUGGGCACAGCACCCAGGAACCAGGGCCAGGGGAACUUGCAAUAUUUUGCCCGACCUGUCCACAACCAGGGAUUAAUCUUCCAGCAAAUUGGAGGACAAAGUAUGCUGAGAAUGAACUGCUAUGGACCCUUGUUGUGGAUGGAAACUUUACGGCGGACCAUCUACGUCAGAAACGCCCUGCUGACAACGUUUGGUUGAGUGAAGGGCAAGGAAUGACAACCUCCUGGAAGCCUUAUCAUGACCAUCUCAAAAUUGCUCGGGAAACAAAAGAGAAGGACCCAUGUGACAGCAACUUCAAUGCUCUCAACCGAGCCAAUGAGGCUGUUGCUUACAAGGAUGCUAAUGGUACUUUGGGCCAUGCGUGUGGUCGACACGGAUGCUACUGUCCUCGCAGCGUCGUCGAUCUCCAGAAGGGUGAGAGGCAGGCCAACAUUGAUUGGUCUCUUUGCGAGGCCCUCAAAGCAAUCAACAUCGACGAUCUUCCUCGUGUCCUCCUUAUCUAUGAUAUUAUGUGCCAGUAUCACAAGAAACUGAAGCACAGAAUAUCGGUAAGCCCGUAUCUGGAGCUCCCAGAUAUUGUGAUUGACAAGGCUAUUGGCUUAUUCCAUGUCCAUGGCCACCAGGAUUCUUGCCUGUUCCACUAUGCCACUUCAUUUAUCCUGGGUGCGGCCAAAAUCAAUGGGGAGAUCAUGGAGACACUCUGGGCAGUUCUCAACAAUAUCUCCUGA